AUGGCGAUGUCGCUGACCUCCCAUCUCUGCCUGCUGGCGCUCCCAGUGAUGUCGCUGCUGCUGCUCUUCUCUCCUAUUGGCUGGAGCCACGACAGCCUCACCCCGGGGUGCCACCUUUACCCCUUCAACGUGACGAUCCGAAGCGACCGCCGCGGCACCUGCAAAGGCACCCACCUGGUGUACGCCUGCGUGGGCUACUGCGAGUCCAGCGCCUUCCCGUCCAGGUACUCGGUGCUGGUGGCGUCCAACUUCACCCACAACAUCACCUCGGUUUCACGAUGCUGCACCAUCAGCAAGGACGCCAAGGUCAAGGUUCGCCUGGACUGCCCUCGAGGCCGCCACCACGACGAAAUCGAGAUCCUGACGGCGAAGGCGUGCCGCUGCGACAUGUGCCGCAAAUCCCGCUACUGA